UCAGCCGCCGCUCUCCGCCUCAGCUACGGCAUCCUCACCUGCCGAGUGCACCACACAUACACAGACAUGGAUUUGAUGGCCUCUGUGGUGUGGUGUGUGUGGCUGUGUACCUCCGUCGCCCUCUCCGCUGCCGUCAUCCACAUCGUCACCCUCAUCGCCAUUCUCAUCGUCGGAAUCUGCAGACCACACAGACACAGAGAAGGCACGUCUUCCAUCCAUCCAUCCAUGUGUGUGUGCGUCUGUCAGUACCAUCGUCGCCAUCGUCAUCAUCCUGCUGCUGCUGCUGCUAUUGUUAUACUUGUCCGUCUAAGACGUAUGGCGCCACCGCCCCCAACGCCACACGACCCAGCUGAGUGGUCAACGGGAAGCGGUGCUUGAAGGCACCACUACCACACACAGCCGCCUCAGUCGUGUAGACACUAACCCAGACUGCACACAAGGGGACGGAGAACACUGAUGACAUUGACAUGCAGAGCUCCCUCUCUGUGACUUUGACCGGUGUUGUUCGCUUAUCUGGUGAUGCAAAUCCAUGCGACGAAGGGAUGACUGCUGUUGGUCAGCACCAGCCGUCGCUCAUCACCGUGCAGCCCGAGUGUCGUGGUGCAGCCGGCCACUGGUGUAUGGGGCGACUCGGUCAGCAGGUCAUUCAGACGGCCGCCACCGACGUACCUGAACCGACCACAGGCGCACACACAGUCAACAGCGCAUCUCUGUCAGCUUUAGUGCCAUUGAUGUGUUCUCACCUGUUGAGUGCGAUCGACAUCUCAUUGGUCUGGUGAGUCUCGCCGAAGUGGGUGAGGACCAUGUACUUGGCCAACGACGACAGUGACGCGUCGGUGAACGGGCCAUCACCGGUCGACGACCAUCCACUGUCCUCGGGCGAGUAGAGGAUGCUGCUGCGCACCGGUGGGUCGUGUGGCUGUCGGUGCUGCAGGAACAGGUGGUUGGCAGGGAGGGGCGGGUCGACCUCCAGCCGGAAGCCGGGCUCGUCUUUGAUGGCCCGCACCUCACCAUUGUGCUGGAACAGCUGGAGGCAGCUGCCGACACCGAAGUGGAUGUGGUGGCCGACCAUCUUGAGCUGCGCCAACACACGGGGAGCCGACACAUACGCCUACACACACGACCACACACACACAGACAGCGAGAAUGAGGCCCUCUCCCUCCCCUCCCCGCCCCUCUCUUUGCUGGCUCACCGUUUUUUUGUGUGUGUGUUGAUGUCAUCGGCUGUGAGGAUGACAGGCAGGUCACAGCUGCCGCACUGCCCCGCCAGCUCAAUCACCACGCCGAUCUCCACCCAGCCCCCCUCCUCCACCACACACACAGCCGCCAGCAGAUCAUGUGUGCCGAACUGGUCGUCGUCGAACCGCAGCAGCUGCACUUGCUGCCCAUUCACCGCCCGCCGCAGCCCCGCCUGUGAGCCCAGCGAGUGGCAGAGCCGAUCUCUCAGCUGUGCCGCUCCGAAGAGCUCUCUGAUCCACGUGCAGGUGGCCCUCAGCCGCAGGAUGUCCUUGAUGCUGCUGAAGAGGUAGAAGGUGCGGCGGCCGACGAAGAUAUACGAGAAGGGGUGCUGCUGCUGCUGCUGCUCUGGUGGCUGCAUCUGGGUGGCUAUGAUGUGCUCGACGACAGCCUGCACAGAUCGACAGAGCCGACAGAGGAUCGUGUGCAU